AUGUCUGAUUCAACUGCGCCAGUUGGUUUGGCUGUGCCGGCCACAAAACCUGUUCCAGUCGCAGAGGAACCAAAAGAUACGACUCAUUCGCCUUCCCAGCGGUACUUGUCAACAAGAGGAGGAUCCUAUGGACUUUCGUUCGAGGAAGUCGUAUUGAAAGGGUUGGCAUCCGAUGGUGGACUUUUCAUCCCUGAAGAGAUCCCCGCUAUACCCCGCGAUUGGGAGUCGAAAUGGAAGAACCUGUCCUUUUCCGAACUUGCAUUCGAAAUUCUGUCCUUAUAUAUCUCUCCCUCCGAAAUACCCCCUGCAGAUCUGAAAAAAGUCAUCAAUCGAAGUUACUCAACAUUUCGUACUUCAGAAACCACCCCACUUGUUACGUUGGACGAAACGAAUAAUUUACACCUGUUAGAGCUUUUCCACGGCCCAACUUUUGCAUUCAAGGACGUUGCAUUACAACUACUGGGCAACCUCUUCGAAUACUUCCUUGUCCGACGGAAUGAGGGCAAGACUGGGAAGGACAGGCAUCAUUUGACAGUGGUGGGAGCAACAAGUGGUGAUACUGGAUCAGCGGCGAUCUACGGCCUGCGUGGGAAGAAGGAUGUCUCAGUGUUCAUUCUACAUCCCAAAGGACGGGUUAGCCCCAUACAAGAGGCGCAGAUGACAACCGUCUUGGAUGCCAAUGUUCAUAAUCUGGCUGUUGAAGGCACCUUUGAUGAUUGCCAGGAUACCGUCAAAGCUCUCUUUGCAGACCCGCAAAUAAACAAGACCUUGAAUCUUGGUGCUGUCAAUUCGAUCAACUGGGCCCGAAUUCUCGCCCAAACGACUUACUACUUCCACUCAUACUUCACACUCACCAAAUCGCCCGCAUACAAGGCAAAUCACAAAGUUCGUUUCGUGGUACCAACAGGAAACUUCGGAGACAUUCUAGCUGGAUAUUUUGCAAAGAGAAUGGGCCUACCUGUUGAGAAGCUUGUUGUCGCAACAAACGAGAACGAUAUCCUUGAUCGUUUCUGGAGAACAGGGCACUAUGAGAAGAAGGCUGUUCACGGAGCAGCUGCCGAGGGAGGCAUUGCCGCAGACGGAGCCAAGGCUCACGAGGACGGCGUCAAGGAGACUCUCAGUCCUGCCAUGGACAUUCUGGUAUCAAGUAACUUCGAGCGUCUAUUAUGGUUCUUAGCCUACGAAUUCGCAGCGGGAGCAGGGAUGGACGACGAAUGGAAUAAGAAGCAAUCUGGUCAAGAAGUUGAAUGCUGGCUGAAGGAUCUGAAGAACAAGGGAGGUUUUGGUGUUCACGAUGAGGUACUUGCGUCCGCCAAGAGAGACUUUGAGAGCGAAAGAGUCAGUGAUGCGCAGACACUUGAGACUAUCAAAGCGUUCUAUACUGCGAAGUCGAGCUAUAUUCUGGACCCACACUCAGCCAUCGGUGUAGCAGCAUCUCUUCGCUCCAUAGACCGAAACUCGCCUGCAGACACUCACCACAUCUCGCUCUCCACAGCUCAUCCAGCUAAGUUCGCAAAUGCCGUAGAUGUAGCUUUGAAGGGCGAGCAAGGGUUCAGCUUUGACAGCGUCCUGCCACAGGAAUUUAUUGGGUUAGAACAAAAAGAGAGAAGGGUAAGAGUCGUUCCUAAGGGAGCUGGAUGGGAGGGUGUACGAAAGAUCGUGGAGGAAGAGGUUGAGGCAGAGUUGAAGGGUACUAGAUGA